ACUUAAAACAAGAGAAAUCGUCAAAAAAAAAAAAAAACAUAAAGCGCGAGUUUUUUUUUGUUUUGUCUUUUCUACGACGAGCUCUAAAGAUUAGAAGAAGUAGAAACGACGCUGUUCUUUUUUUUUUUUCUCUCCAAUAAUCCGGCGGUGAUCCUAAAAAAUGACGUCGGGGACAAGAACGCCGACAUGGAAAGAGAGAGAGAACAACAAACGGCGAGAGAGGAGAAGACGCGCGAUUGCGGCUAAGAUCUUCGCAGGGCUAAGGAUUCAUGGAAAUUUCAAGCUACCUAAACACUGCGACAACAACGAAGUCCUCAAAGCCUUAUGCAAUGAAGCUGGCUGGACUGUUGAAGACGACGGAACUACUUACCGCAAGGGAUGCAAACCAAUGGAUCGAAUGGAACUCAUGAAUGGUUCUACUUCAGCGAGUCCAUGUUCAUCGUAUCAACAUAGCCCUCGUGCUUCUUACAAUCCAAGCCCUUCAUCUUCAUCAUUCCCGAGUCCUACUAACCCAUUUGGUGAUGCUAACUCGCUAAUCCCCUGGCUCAAGAACCUCUCUUCAAACUCACCUUCCAAGCUUCCAUUCUUCCAUGGAAACUCGAUAAGCGCUCCUGUGACUCCGCCAUUGGCUCGAAGUCCUACUCGUGAUCAAGUAACCAUCCCUGACUCUGGAUGGCUCUCUGGAAUGCAAACUCCACAGAGCGGACCGUCUUCUCCUACGUUCAGCUUAGUUUCAAGAAACCCGUUUUUCGACAAAGAGGCUUUUAAAAUGGGGGAUUGUAACUCACCAAUGUGGACUCCAGGACAAAGUGGGAACUGCUCUCCUGCUAUUCCAGCUGGUGUUGAUCAGAACUCUGAUGUGCCAAUGGCUGAUGGAAUGGCGGCUGAGUUUGCCUUUGGUUGUAACGCAACCACUGUGAUUGGAAUGGUGAAGCCUUGGGAAGGUGAAAGGAUACAUGGAGAAUGUGUUUCGGAUGAUUUAGAACUUACACUUGGAAACUCAAGAACCAGAUGAUGAUUUCAGAGAACAAUUAAAUGUCGUUUAUUGUCAUCAUCAAUCAAACUCUCUUAUCAUAAUAGUUCUUUUUCAUCGUUUUAAUUGGUCUGUUUUUUUUUUUAAGUGUGAUGUUGAAAGGUGAUUGAGAGGAAAAAAAUAGAGAGAUAAGAAAGAAAAAGAAAAAAAAAAGGACAUUUUGAGCUCUGUUUUUUACUUUUUUUUUGGGUUGGCUUUUUGACUAAAGUUAUAGUUAGAAUCUAUUUUAUCACUGGAAGCUUUUUUUUUUUGUUUAAUUAUUAGUGGAGAUUCGAUUUGAGA